AUGGGAACCAUGGCUCCCAUCGAUGAGAAACCGCCUGCUGAAGAUCGUAUCGAGGACAUAGGAGGGAAGACCCCUCCGAGUGAGGAGGAUGAGGAGUUCACGCCAAAGGAGCAGAAGAAAAUUAUUCGACGAAUUGAUUUGCGUCUGGUGACCAUGACCGGGUUAGCUUAUUGCAUAUCGCUUAUGGACCGGACAAAUCUGAGUAUGGCUGCCGUUGCAGGGUUGAAAAAGGAAUUGCGACUCGAUAUAGGCGAGCGUUAUUCCAUUAUCGUCCUUAUGUUCUUCGUACCCUAUGUUCUUUUCCAGCCGCCGAUGACGGUCAUUAUUCGAAAAGUUGGCCCGACAUACUUCCUGGGCUCCAUUAUUGUAUGCUGGGCGGGAAUCAUGAUUGGAAUGGGAUUCGUACAGGACUGGGGCGCAUUGGUUGGAACGCGUGUGCUUUUGGGUGUGUUGGAAGCUGGUUACUUCCCUGGCUGCGUCUACUUGUUAUCUUGCUGGUAUACCCGAUAUGACGUCCAAAAACGAUUCUCUGUUUUCUAUCUUAUCGGAUGUGUCGCUUCUGCCUUGGCGGGUAUCCUUGCAUUCGGUCUGAUGCAAUUGAACGGAAGGCAUGGGUUGACCGGCUGGAGAUGGAUCUUCAUCCUCGAGGGAGUGAUCACUGGCUUUAUUGGCCUUCUGUGUUUUUUCUUCCUCGUCGACUUCCCUGACCGCGCACAUAAGUCCUGGCGCUUCCUGAACGAAAGAGAAUGUGCUUUCAUCGUCCGUCGUAUCAACAAAGACCGAAAUGAUGGCGAUAUGGAAGCUUUUUCUUUCAAAAAGUUCCUCAAACCUGGAUUGGAUUUGAAGAUCUGGGCCUUUGCCAUGAUCUUCUUCUGCCUCACCACUGUAACAUACGCCAUUGCCUACUUCCUACCCAUCAUCCUUAGCCUCGGCAUGGGCUACGGCGUCGGCGAAUCCCAAUGCCUUGUCGCGCCGCCCUACGCUUUCGCAGGAUUUGUCAUGUACGGCACUGCCUGGUUUGGCGACAGGUACCGCAUGCGCGCCCCAGUUCUGAUUUUCAACGCCCUGCUCGCCAUCAUUGGUCUGCCAAUGAUGGGAUUCGCUAAAAGCGAUGCCGUCCGCUACCUGGGCGUUUUCUUCACAGUUGCCGGUGCCAACGCGAAUAUCCCAGCCUGCAUGGCAUAUCAGGCAAACAAUGUGCGAGGCCAGUGGACGCGUGCUUUCUCUAGUGCUACACUUGUAGGAUUUGGAGGUCUCGGUGGUAUCGCAAGUAGCUUGGUGUUCCGGGAACAGGACGCACCCGGGUACCGACCCGGAAUGUAUGCUGCUAUCGCGUGUAACAUCCUCAUCAUCUUGUUAGUUCUUGCUUUGAGUCUGUGGUUCCGGAUCUGUAAUAAGCAGGCGGACCGGGGAAAGCGGGUCAUUGAGGGUGAUGCGGCUUUCCGAUACACGAUUUGA